AUGUGCCGGCAAAACUCUCCGGUGCACCAUUCCGGUGAAGAAGAAGUUGCAGCUGACGAGAGCCUUUUGAUUUAUUGCAAGCCUGUUGAACUGUACAAUAUUCUCUACCGCCGCGGUCGUAAAAAUCCUUCCUUUCUCAGGAGAUGUUUGCGUUACAAAAUAAGAGCGAGGCGGAAAAGGAGGUUGAGAGCAGGGAUUGUGAUUUUCAAUUACAGGGACCGCUACAACAUGCUUCGAAAAACUGAAGUGACUGAAGACUUUUCUUGCCCGUUUUGCUUGAUGAAGUGUGGAAGCUUUAAGGGUUUGCGAUUUCAUCUAUGUUCAUCACAUGAUCUGUUCAACUUUGAGUUCUGGGUUACUGAAGAUUACCAAGCGGUGAACGUCUCUGUAAAAAUUGAUAUAUUGAGAUCAGAGAAUGUUGCUAAUGGAGUAAUUCCACAAUCGCAAACCUUUGUUUUCUGCUCAAGACCUCGAAAGCGUAGAAGAAAGGACUCUGUUCAAACUGAAAAGCGAACCAAUGUAAAAUUCUUGGAGUUGGACUCACCGGAAGGUGUACAGAAUGGAUUUAUACAAAAAGAUGAUGAUAUCUUAUCCUGCAAAGGGGAGAACGUGUCUAGAACAUCUCGCAAUGAGAAGAUACUGCCUAGUGGAAGAAAUGAUGGAGGGAAAUUUGGUCCUGAUCAUCCUGGAACCAUGGACGACCUUGAGCAUGUUGAAUCCAGUUUCAACAUUCCAGGUGUUUCAAUUGCCAUGCCCCAAUCUUCUGGAGACCCUGAAUGUAGUAAAUCAAUAUGUAAAAGUGAUCCUGCUGUGCCUGCUAAAACAAAGAAGCCAAGCAUGGAUCGAUCAGACUCAAGAAACCGGAUGCUUCUGCAGAAGAGACUGUUCUUUCACUCACACAGGGUCCAGCCUAUGGCACUAGAGCAAGUGUUAUCAGACCGUGAUAGUGAAGAUGAAGUUGAUGACGACAUUGCAGAUCUUGAAGAUAGAAGGAUGCUUGAUGAUUUCGUGGAUGUUUCUAGAGAUGAAAAACAGCUCAUGCAUCUCUGGAAUUCUUUUAUGAGGAAGCAAAGGGUGCUGGCAGAUGGUCAUGUUCCGUGGGCCUGUGAGGCAUUUUCCAAGCUUCAUGGAAAAGAGCUGGUCACAUCUCCAGCUUUAUUUUGGUGUUGGAGGUUAUUCAUGAUUAAACUUUGGAAUCACGGUCUUCUUGAUGCCUGCACAAUGAACAACUGUAGCAUAGUAUUAGAUAGUUACAGAAACGAGGGAUUGGGUAGUACCAAAAAUUGA